AAUGGUUUAGAGCUAGUUGGCAAAGCUGUAAAGUGAAUGAUCACACGCUGUCUACACAUUCACCGUCUUGCAUGCAUGUUGCUUCAGUUUACCAAGACUAAGGGAAGAUAAAUAUAAUAGUCUGAAGAGUAAAGAUAAACCCAAUUGUAUCAGAGGAACAUAUAAUCAGAUCAGAGAACUCAAGAAAAGUCAUCAUGUCGAUCAAGACAGAUAUCGCCAGCAAACCAGUCACCCAUUUCGCCCCAUCAGACUGGCACACAAACAGCCACCUCCUUUCUACAAAUGCUGAGAAACUCCGUGAUAAUUCCCACUCCACCCGCCAAGAAUCUAGCCAGCUUCGUAACGAAACCUACAACCGCACAUCAUGGGGUAUCCAUGACAACACAACUCGUCUAUCAAACAGGAUUGAUGACAUUGAGACGUGGCGUGAAACUCUGGAGAAGACCCUUGCAGACGUCGAUGAGGAGAUUAGGAAGCUGGAAGAAGACAAGGACCUGGCAGAGAGGGCGCUAGAGGCUAAAGCUCUUCCUCUUGAUGUAGCAUCAGAAUGCAAGACCCUACGUGAUGGCAGGCGGGAUAUCGAUGUGGUAGAUGACCUAGCAAACUCAGAAGUCGGCAAGGAAAUUGAUGUGAUAGAAGGUAUCAAGGAUGCGUUGCAAGCCAAGGUGAGCUCUGCCUUUGAGCAGCUGUGUCUCCUCCAGGAAGCUCGUCAGCAGCUUCAUGCUGAUCUCAGGGAUAAGACUGAAGCUAAGAAGAUUGAUACCUACUGUCAUGAUCUCACUAUUAGCUCUCCUGAUAUCUGCUAUCAACCAAACUCUACCAGGACACCUAAAGGGAGUACCACACCCCAGACAUGGGAAGACUUCUCUCGUUACAACAAGGAUCGAGCCGAUGCUGAGAUGCGCUCUUCACAGCGUCUUAGAGAGGCGAUCCACAGCACAGUAGCUCAGACUGAUAACGACCUGGAAGCUCAACGUCAAGCUACUGAGUUUGCUCUCCGUAAGAGAAUCCAUGAGAUGAAGAGAGCUAAGGAUGAAGAUGAAUGGCAGAAGAAGAAUACUGAAGAGGAGAUUGCAAAGCAGGAGCGUAACAUUCGUGAGCUGGAGCAGGCUAUCAAGGACAAGGAGAACCCUCUCAAGCUAGCCAUGACCAGACUUGAGAACCGCACCUACAGACCUAACGUUGAGCUGUGCAGGGAUAAUGCUCAGUAUGGACUCGUCAAUGAGGUGCAUGAGAUCCAAGAUAGCAUCAAAGCUCUGGAGAAGAAACUCCAAGAUGCACACAAUGCUCGUGAUGCGUGUGAGAAGCAGCUGUACCGUAUCAACAAAGACCUGGAACUGAAGAACAAUUCUCUGGAUCUAGACAACAAGUGCAUGCAGGUCAGAGAGAAGCUGACCACUGGACCGGUCACUCAGACCAUGAACAACCUCUCUACCUUCAAGACUGAUAGAGAGCUCUACACAGCACAGAGGAGUCUACUUGCUUGAGCAGCUAGUGCAUUCCAAUUAAAGAGACUUUAUAGAUCUAGGAUCAAGCAUAGCAACUAAGAAGAGCUGCAUUAGUUGUUUCAUAAUGCUGAUCGAUCCACAGCUGAGAUACCCAUAGACUGAUCUUGUCAGGACUCUCAGUAAAUUGAUCACUAGAUAGAUGGCAUUCAUAUAUACCUUGAACUGUUUACUCCACUUUAGGGUGAUUGUGAAUAAGUUUUUAAAGCUCACAAUCAUGUUACAUGUAAAUCAUUAUCAAUAUCAAAGUGGUAUAUUUACUACACUACAUGAAACAUUGUGCCAUCCAGAUAAAUUGUGACAUUUAUUUAUCAAUCUUCUGUUUAACAAGUGAAAGAUAUUUUUGAAAGAAUUUUCUUAUACUCCAAUCAAGAAUACCAUUAUCCUAAUUCAUUUGAUGUGUCUCUCCCAGCAAGAAUAAAUUGAUCAGUUCUUAUAUCCCGAUAAAUGAGUCUCAUAAUAAAGCAACAAUUGUUAACCUGUACGUGUAUUUGAAUAAAGAUUUAAAAUUUCUUUGCCAUUCAUUGUAGAUCAUAGAAAAAUAUCAUGUAUUCUAUCGUCCGUCCAUUAGGUUUAUUGCAAUAUUGCUACAAAGAAAAAUUGUAGAUAUUUUAAUCAAUAGUGUUAUGAAAUGUAUAUUCUAUAGAAAUCUUGGGUUGUAUUCUAAAAACUAUGAUAGUGAGAGGUUUUUUAUUUGUCAUAUCUAACCUGAAUUAAGACAUCAGUGCCACAUCAUAGAUCUGGAUGCUGUCUGCAAACAUUUCAAUUUAGUAUGACAAAUUAAUAACUCUCGCUAUUAAAGUGAAAGAUAAAUUAGUUUGCCAGAAUACCACCUCAGACUCUGAAAUCAAACUUCAUGGCUCAAAUUCACAAAGGAGGUUUAGAUCUGACCCAUGGUUUAAGCCAUAUCAGUUAAAUAACCCAUGGUUUAAAAUUAGCACAGAUUAAGCAUACCUUGCCUCGUACGCGUCUAAUAGACCAUGGGUUAUGUAAAUGAGGGUUUAAACCAUGGGUUAAAUGUUAACCUCCUUUGUGCAUUUGGGCCUAUCUGUUUAUAGUCGGGAGGGUGUUGAGUCACAAGAGUUAUAUUUGCUCUUCUGGCUCACCAUAGAUCAUUUCUUACAAGAUAAUAAUUUGACAUUUUUGUAUAUAUUUGUGAAUUUCUUGAUGAUUUGAUAUGUAUUCUAUGGUAUAACUAUUUUCAUGUAUAAAUAUAUUGCACUACACAAAUAAACUUGUUUAAAUGGAAUAAA